AUGGCUGGAGCAGUACGUCAGCCGAUUGAUGUCGAGGCGUUGCAACGGUACAUCGGAGAGAAAAUUCCCGAGAUUGGACUUCCGUUGGAGGUGAAGCAGUUUGGCUAUGGCCAAUCCAAUCCCACAUACCAGCUCAUAAGCCCCGACGGGGUGAAAUACGUGUUGAGAAAGAAGCCCCCGGGCAGACUUCUUUCCAAGUCCGCGCACAAGGUUGAGCGAGAGUAUCGCAUCAUAUCUGCUCUGGGGCCUACGGAUGUCCCGGUACCAAAGGCAUACUGCCUCUGCGAAGAUGAGUCCGUCAUCGGGACGGCCUUCUACAUCAUGGAAUUCCUCGACGGACGCAUAUUCGAGGACCCUUCGAUCCCAGACGCAUCCUCUGCCGAGGAGCGGUCUCGGCUGUGGCAAGCGGCGGUGCACACUCUGGCCAAGCUGCACCGCGUAGACUACACCAAGCUCGGACUGCAGUCGUUCGGGCAGACUUCUGGCUUCUACGACAGACAGCUGGCGACUUGGAAGCAAAUCAGUCUCUCUCAAGCAAACGUCGUUGACGCGGAAACGAAAGAGUCGGUAGGGGCCAUCCCACACAUAGACUCCCUCCUCGCUUUCUUUGGCGACAAAGCAAACCAGCCGCGCGAUCGGGCGACACUCGUGCACGGCGACUACAAGAUAGACAACAUCGUCUUCCACAGGGACAAGCCCGAGGUGAUUGGCCUGCUGGACUGGGAGAUGAGCACCAUCGGCCACCCGCUGUCCGACCUGGCCAACAUGAUGAACCCUUACUACAUGACUCCAGGCUUCUUCCCGUCGGAUUCGUCUCCCGGCCUGCCCUCGCCCGACGCCCUCAUGGGCUGGUACGCCGACGUGGCGGGGUGGGAUCCGAGACCUGAGGCUGACUGGGCCAAGGCCUUUUCCAUCUUCCGUCUGUCGGCCAUCGCUCAGGGCAUCGCGGCCAGGGUGGUGAGGAAGCAGGCUUCGAGCGCUCAGGCAAAGAGAUAUGCCACCAUCUUCCCGAGUCUGGGAGUUUUGGCAUGGAAUAUGGUGGAGGAGAGAAGAUCGACGGCAGGAGCGGUAGCAAAGACGAAGCUCUGA